CACAGCACACACCGCGCACACCACAAAACACAACGCUUUUCUGCACCAGCGCCACUCUGCACACAGCAGUCGCAUCCCGUACAGCAGACCAUGAAUGCUAUGAAACUAGAUGGCGUACAGUCUCUCCCGCUGGAGUUCAACUCGUAUGCGGAGACAGUGAUUUCGAUGCUGCGGGACAAGAGGAGCUCCGGCCUGACGGACACCAAGUUGCUGAAGCACCUCCAGAACGUGUGCAUCGUGUACGCGUGUUUGGCGGUCAAGCGCAACGCCGGGAUUGUCUCCACACAGGCCAAGCACGCGGCAGUGGCGAAGGGGUACAAGGACAUCGCUGUCCCUGGCUUCUUCAAGUGGCUCAAGGAAAACUUGGAGGCGGAUCAAUACUUCUCGCAGCCGUGGCUCACGUUCGAGGUCAUGGGAAGGACGUCGAUGAGCGGAGGACAACCUGGGGACCAACUACCGUCGGGCAGCCAAGACGAAGACGCCAUCGAGUACCUUCUGCACGGAGUCUACCACAUGGAAUCCGGAACGGGGAACGCAUAAGACCCGAUCGAGUU